AUGCGCCUCUCUGUCCCUGUUUUCUUUCUCUUGUGGGUUAAAGCCCUCUCGUUGAAAAACCUAAAUUAUUCCGUUCCGGAGGAGCAGGGACCGGGGACUGUCAUCGGGAAUAUCGCGAAAGAUGCCGGAUAUGGCACGUUGGAGAGAGGCAAGAAAUCCAACUUUCGGGUCCUGGAGAAUUCCGCCCCGCACUUGGUGGACAUCGACCCGGAGAGCGGACUGGUGUUCACCAAACAAAGGAUUGACAGGGAGACGCUGUGCCGACGCAGCCCCAAGUGCCAGCUCUCCAUGGAGGUUUUCGCCAACGACAAGGAAAUAUGCAUGAUCAAGAUUGACAUCCAAGAUAUUAACGACAACUCGCCCAGCUUCCCCUCCGACCACGUCAAUAUUGAUAUUUCCGAGAACGCAGCUGCCGGGACACGCUUCCCCCUCACCAUCGCACAUGACUUGGAUUUUGGGGAAAACGGCAUUAAAACUUAUCAGGUCACCCGAGAUGAUUACAAUACGUUUUCCUUGGAUUUAAAAGUGCGGGGAGAUGGGACCAUUUACCCAGAGCUGGUGGUUCAGAGACCUCUGGACAGGGAGGACCAAAGCCAUCACACCCUCCUCCUGACUGCCAUCGACGGGGGGGAAUAUCCCAGAUCAGGCUCCAUGCAGAUCAACGUCAGGGUCACUGAUUCCAAUGACAACAGCCCUGUUUUUGAAAAGUCCUCCUACGUCAUUGAGAUUCCAGAGAACUCUCCGCCGGGAAAAAUACUGAUUGACUUGAACGCCACAGACCAGGACGACGGCAGCAACGGUCAGGUGGUGUACUCCUUCACGGGGUACGCGUCCGAGCGCAUGCAGGACCUGUUCUCCAUCGACCCCAACACGGGCGUCAUCAAGAUCCAGGGGGAGAUCGACUACGAGGAGAACCCCAUCAUCGAGUUCGACGUCCAGGCCAAGGACCUGGGUCCCAACCCCAUCCCGGGCCACUGCAAGAUCACCGUCAAGGUGCUGGACAAGAACGACAACUGGCCGCUGAUCAGCUUCAUGUCGGUGCGCCAGGGCGCCAUCAGCGAGGCGGCGCCCCCGGAGUCAGUCAUCGCGCUGGUGAGGGUGACGGACAAGGACUCGGGGCGCAACGGGCAGCUGCAGUGCCGGGUCCUGGGCAACGUGCCGUUCCGGCUGCAGGAGAACAACGACAACUUCUACACGCUGCUCACCGACCGGCCGCUGGACCGGGAGCUGAAGGACGAGUACAACAUCACCAUCGUCGCCCGCGACAACGGCCUGCCCUCGCUCAACUCCACCAAGUCGUUCACCGUCAAGGUGCUGGACGAGAACGACAACGCGCCGCGCUUCACCAAGGCCGUGUACGUGCUGCAGGUCCCCGAGAACAACAUCCCGGGGGAGUACCUGGGGUCCGUGCUGGCCCACGACCCGGACGUGGGGCGCAACGGCACCGUGUCCUACUCCAUCCUGCCCUCGCACAUCGGCGACGUGUCGGUGUACACCUACGUCUCCGUCAACCCCACCAACGGCGCCAUCUACGCCUCGCGCUCCUUCAACUACGAGCAGACCAAGUUCUUUGAGUUCAAGGUGCAGGCCAAGGACGCGGGCGCCCCCCACAUGGAGAGCACGGGGACGGUGCGCGUCAGCAUCCUGGACGUCAACGACAACCUGCCCGUCAUCGUGCUGCCGCUGCUGCAGAACGACACCGCCGAGAUCCCCGUGCCGCGCAACGUGGGCAUGGGCUACAUCGUGACCACGGUGAAGGCGGUCGACCACGACCACGGCGAGAGCGGCCACCUCACCUACGAGAUCUCCGAGGGCAACGAGGACCACCUGUUCGAGAUGGACCCGGUGGGGGGCGAGGUCAGGACCGCCCACGCCCUCUGGGAGGAGGUGGCGCCCGCGGUGGAGCUGGUGGUCAAGGUGACGGACCACGGCAAGCCGCCGCUGUUCGCCGUGGCCAAGCUGAUCAUCAGGGCCAACCCCGAACCGGCGCCGGGCGGCAGCUCCAGCCCCAGCGGGGAGCCCCAGCCCUGGGACGUGUCCCUCCCCCUCAUCGUGACCCUCUGCAUCAUCUCCGUCAUGCUGCUGGCCGUCAUGGCCGCCAUCGCCGUCAAGUCCAAGCACCAGGACAAGGAGACGGGGAACUACAACUGCCGCAUGGCCGAGUACUCCAAUCCGCCGGCGGGGAAGGGGAAGAAGAAGAGGAUCAACAAGAGUGACAUCAUGCUGGUGCAGAGUGAGAUGGAGGAGCGGGAUUCGGCGAGCCGCAUGAACGUGGUGAGCAGCCCCUCGCUCAUCACCUCGCCCAUCUGCUUCGACUACCAGAGCCCGCUCCCCCUGACCCUGCCGCGGUCGGAGGUCAUGUACCUGAAGACCACCCCCAACAGCCUGACCGUGCCGCGCGCCGCCUGCCACUCCAGCUUCGCCGGCCUCGGCGGGGAGACGCAGGGCAGCAACAGGAUGUCGGUGAUCCAGACGGAUAAUUUUCCCUCUGAGCCCAAUUACGUCGGCAGCAGGCAGCCAUUUGUUCAGAGCUCCACCUUUAAGGACGCCGAGAGGGCCAGCCUGCGAGACAGCGGCCACGGGGACAGCGACCAGGCAGACAGUGACCAGGAUACUAAUAAAGGCUCGCACUGCGACACAUCUGGCAGAGAGGCCCUCAAGAUGAAAGCAACCACCGCAGUUAAUAGCCAGCCUCUUGAGCAGGCCCCUCCGGAACGCUCCGCCCACUGCACGGACGAGUGCCGCGCCCUCGGACACUCGGACCGCUGCUGGAUGCCCAAGCUGCGGGCGGCGGGCGGCGGCGGGCAGCUGGCGGACGGCGCCGCCGCCGCCGCCGCCGCCGCCGUCGCCGCCGUCGCCACGGACAACCGCACCAACCUCUUCAUCCCCGUCGGCAUGGAGACGCUGCUGGAGACGGAGCUGUACGGCACCAUCAGCCGCCGGAAGACCCUGAGCACCUUCGGCAAGGAGCAGGCGCGCGACGGCACCAUCCUGGUGGCCAACGUCAAGCCCUACCUGAAGGCCCAGCAGGGGGCGCCGAGCCAGGAGACCCCGUCGCCGUCCGCCUCCUGCAGCCCCCCGCCCCCGCCCCUCCCCACCAGCCGGCCCCCCCUGGACCUGCUGCCCAGCCCGCAGUCCAAGGAGGAGAUGAGGGGUGGAGGCUUGGACAACAGUGCCUAUGGCCCCCCGGACGGCCAGUGCUCGCCGCCGCACACGGAGAUGGAGGAGCCGCGCUUCCUGGGCGGCGGCCUGGAGCUGCGGCCCAAGAGCCUGUCCGGCGGCCUGGUGCACAGCUCGCUGAUCAGCCAGGAGUGUGGGGCGCCUGCGGGCGCCAUGGACCCUCAGCGACAAUCUGGGAACUGA